CAGGAGAUGGCGGUAAAAGCGCGGAGCCGGCGGUUCGGAGCCGAAUAAAGAAGAGCACAGAAGCGACAAACCUCAAAUCAGAAGCGUGUGUGCAGUUUGUGCCCGCAUCGGCCGAUCCUCCUCCCGCUACAACAAACCGAAGAACCCGAGCCCAGAACCCACACGGAACCGACAGAACCGACAGAACCCACACGGCACCGGGGGGACAACAACAUGGCGUUCACAUUCGCGGCCUUUUGCUACAUGCUCGCGCUCCUGCUCACGGCGGCGCUUAUAUUUUUCGCUAUUUGGCACAUUAUUGCGUUUGAUGAGCUGAAGACUGAUUACAAGAAUCCUAUAGAUCAGUGUAACACGUUAAAUCCGUUGGUGCUUCCCGAGUACCUGAUCCACUUCUUCUUCUGUGUCAUGUUUUUCUGUGCGGCCGAGUGGCUCACGCUCUGCCUCAACCUGCCCUUGCUGGCCUACCACGUCUGGAGGUAUAUGAGUCGCCCGAUCAUGAGCUGUCCGGGCCUGUACGACCCGACCACCAUCAUGAACGCCGACAUUCUGGCCUAUUGUCAGAAAGAGGGCUGGUGCAAACUCGCCUUCUACCUCCUCUCCUUCUUCUACUAUCUCUACGGAAUGAUCUACGUGCUGGUGAGCUCCUAAAACGGCCGACGCUGAAGAACAGACGCAUGUUUCGGUGAAGCCUCUGGACUUUUCACUGAAGUCUGGGCCGGACACUGGACACUGCUGCUGUGGUCGAAAAAACCAACGAGACGCCGCCAUUUUACCGCCAGUGAACUCUUAAAACUCCACUACAGCUCAUAGCUCUAUAGGUAAAACCAAACAGGAAAACUACGGACGGAUUUCAAGAUGUUUUUUGUUUGUUUUUUUAUUUUGAAUUUUUAAUGCUGUGGUGAUUUUUAUGCUUGGGGGUUUAAAUAACACACAGGACAGUUUUAGUUCCAGAUGUUUUAAGUGUUUACAGGUGGAGACUUCUACACGUGUGGAGUUUGAACUUGCAGUGAAUAAAACGCAUUUCUGUCACGUAACUUCGAUAGUAACGGCCUGCCCCUAGCGGACGAUCAGCGACGGCAAAACGACGGCAAAAGCAGACGCACGGAGAACAUGUCGUUUUUUUUACCGGGACCCCUUCAGAUCUCGCAUUUUAAUUAACGAUUAAAAACAAAAACAUAGACCCAUCAUGACCCAGAUAUUCACAUUUACAGAACAAUUUUCUCAUUAUAGUUCCUAAAUGCAUUCAUUCCUCCUCUAGUCUAGUUAUUUAUUGGUUAUUUUUGGUUUAUUUGGACAUUUUUGUUCUCGAUUAACGUGCACAAAGUAGAUUUUAGUCGCUUUAAGUUUAAAUAAGUAUCUAUUUCUUCGUAGAGUUCACACUUCACGGCUCCAUCAACUCAAAUUUGCAUUCUAAAACUCUCUAUUUACGUUUGGGAACAUGCGGUGAAAACUUCUGGUGUAUUUCCCAAUUCUGGGCUCGACCGACUGAAGUGAACGUGCUCAGCGGUAAAAACGAAGCCCGCAGACGUUCGUGGGGUUCGUCAUCUCGUCUCUUCUAAUCGCGUGUUCCCAGUGCGGUCGGAGUUUUGCGUCAGCGGGGAAACGAUGAACUGAGGUGUGGUCGGAGCUCAGCUUGAUGAGCUGAACAGAACAGAACGACACAAAGACACGGAGACGGAGAAAAGUCUGUGUAUCAUUUGUUCUUUUGAAUUUCAAUUGAUUACGAAAUCAAUAAAAUGGGAAAAUAGUUUUGGUGCCAAACAAAACAAAUUUCGACCUCGAUUUCCGAGUUUGUUUUUGAUUAAUGUUAUGUGAAAUGGUCUCUGUGCCUAUUUCAGUUUUGAUAUUUUAUUCUCUCUGGUUUAUUUGCCCCAGAAGUUCUGCUGUAAUUUCAUUUCUCUCCAGCGUUUAGGUCAAGAAUCAGAAAACACUAGACGGUUCACAAAAACUCCAGAAGUGUGAGUUCGGGCUCCAGCCAAUCAGAGAAGAGACAGACAUUCUGCGUUGGCGACGAUUCCCCAGAUCGAGGAUUUAAAGCCAAACAAAGAGAAUGUUUGGUGAAUUUGAUCUCGGGGAAAGUCAUUAUUGUUCUUCCUACAGGAUUUGGAGCUUUACAAACGUCACGACCAAACAGCAGCGACUGGUUCAAUAAAAAAAAGUUCCCGUCUCCUGUCGAGUGAACGAAUCCUAAUGCUGCAGGUCACACGGUUUCCACCAAGUGAAACUGACUCAGGAAUCAGUUUUUACUGCUGUUAGAAGAACUUCAGAAAAAAAAAAGUUUGCAAUGUUGUGGACAAACAUGUCUUUUUUUAUAGUGACACGUUUACUUUGACGUCUUAGAAAAUAAUUGAAUUGUUGAACUCCAUGACAAGAAAAAAAACAAACAAACAAGAAAAACCAGAUAGAAUAAAAUAUCAAAAUUAAAAUCGGCACGAUGACAAUGUUUUUUGAUUGGUGUUAUCUGAAAUAAACUUUAAAUUAAAUAUUGGAAAUAGAGGUCAAAAUCAGUUUUUUGUUUGACACUAAAACGGAAAAAUUUAAUGACAAACUCAUUUUAUUUUUUGUUUUCUUAUUUUCUUAAUUGAAAUUCAAAAUAACGAAUUGUACACGGACCAAGAAAACUGGGACAUUUUUGCUUUUUUUCUUACAUUUUGUCAAACUUACGACCAUGAACAGAGCCCAAAGGAAGUUUCAUCGCAUGUUUCCAAACGUUGUCCUGGUUUGUGAAUUAAACGUGAGUAGAGACGAUUGAAAAAGUGUCUCCUCUCUCUCUAAAAGCUGCUGCGAGCCUCGUCAUUUUGGUCUUAAAAUGUUCGUAUUAACCCCAGGAUCAUGUUGAGCGUUUUUUGUGUUUUUUUUAUUUCGCUAUUUCAUCCUUAAAUCAAUUUCUGUUCCUAAUACAGAACUCUAAAACCGCUCCUGUAACUGCAGGCCUCACUGAGCUUCAUUUGACUGGAGCCGAACGCCGUGGGUGACAAUGUCGGGUCUCGAUGUCGGGUCUGACGGGGUCUCCCAAUAACAAAUGGAUUUUAUCACAGAGAAGUUGCACAGGGACAAUCAGAUGAGGUUGUCCAAAAACGCAUUUCAAACUUGCAUUAACUUUUUUUAUCCACUUUUUUUCUUUUUUUCAUCAUGUAAAAUCCCUGGAAAAAUAAACGACUGCAGGAUUUUUCCAUUUUGUGCAUAGAAAUCCACAGCCUUGUGUUUUGUGUCUUUUUUUUUUUUUAGUUAAAGAGGGGGUGUUAUUUUUGGAAAUUUCUAGCGUAUUAUAACCGUUUCCUCCUCGAAAACAAAUCUGAGGAGGUUUUAAAUGUGACGGCGAAUAAGAAAAACUCAAAAUUAAAGCCUCAAAAACUUAAAUUCCACUUGUUUUAGGUGAAGAUAACAUUUUUAAAACAAAAAAAAGUAACACGCUGAUCUAAAUAUGUGAUGUGUUAGAGUAAAAACCCAGAAAAUUCAGAUCCCCCUCUUUAAAAAGGUAGAAUCAACAGUAAAAAAAACGUAAAAUUGUCUUACGAUUUAGAAGGAUUUUUUGUUUCCAGUCGUAUUUUAAGUAGGAUUUCGUGGUGCCAUACUGUUGACUGUACCUUUCAAAACUCGUCUUGUGAUUUUUCUUUUUUCCACCAAAUAUUCCAGUUUUAUUUAUUCUAUGUUUAUGAUUUUCUCGUUUGUGUUGGGAAACGUCGCAGAAGCACUCCUCGCCGUCUCGUUCACAUCGGUGCAUUUUUAGUCCAUUUGAAAUAAAACGUUAGUAAUAAUUUAUUGCCAUUUUUAAAUCGUCGGUCGUCAGGGAAAACGGAAGGUAAAAUUUUUAUGUUUUAGAUCCCGACAUGUCACGAAGAAAAUGUGGACUCGUUUUUAUUUGACUCUGAAUAAAAAUCUCCCACUGUUAA